UGUAGUCUUGUGUAAUCUCUUUAAACCUCAGGAUUAAGGAUCAAGAAUUUAGCAAAAUCGAAUUAAUGACUGCGCGUCUGACUUGGUCUGACUUAUCAAACCAGCUCUUUGUGCCUACUAGCCUAGUGCGCGUGACAAAGAGAUUAACGAAUACUUCGAGAACAUUCGAACGUUCAAAUCUUUCUUCCCGUACUUAUCUUGGCGCAAUGUCGAAAUUCAUGGAUUCGCGCAUUGCAUCGCUUCGAUGUUCGCGGAUUUUAGCAUCCGCUCGUCUGGUUGAACGUUGUCUGGACGUGGUGGCCGAGACGGGAUUUCGGGGAAGCGUUUACAGUUCGGCAGGUGGAAUCGGUGGAAUCUCGGAGCUGACAGUCAGUAUCGUCCACGUCAGUCCACUCUAACCGGCGUUAUGGAGCGCGAAAGAAGGGAAUUGGAAUUCUCCGAUUGUGGAAUGACGGAGAAUACGGAGCAGACGAAUCAUCCUUGGAAUGCUUUGACGACCAUAACCACGUUUGACCAGGGCUCAAGUAACAACAUGAGAUCAACAUUUUGUCUGGACGAUAUUAAUAAAAACGAAAACAGAUCAAUUGCGCCACGAGAACAGCAAAUAACUCAAUCCACUGGCAUCUUAAUUGAAUCACUCCUACGACAAUUAUGCAAUCUGUUAGAAGAGGAUAAAGUUCGCAGAAAUCAAUUAUAUUAUGCGAUCUGUGAUAAACUACACCAGUUGCAAUUAAUUAACGACACCUAUAAUACGCCGGAAUUCGAAAUACUAAGAGGACAAUAUCAACAUGCUUUGUAUCACAUGCUUACAGUCGCUCGUGGUGAACUUGAAAGUGAAAAUGCUUUGUCUAUAUCUAUACCAAGAUUCAUAACACCGAAAUUCCGUUAUCGCGACGAAUUUCGCGAAAUAUGCUUUAUUGCUCAUGGAGGUUUUGGCGAAGUUUAUAAAGCACAACAUCGUCUCGACGGCAUCGAAUAUGCAAUUAAAAAAAUAGUUAUGCCCAUUGAUCAUAUAGAGACUAUCAAGCAGCAAUUAAAUGAAGUAUGGACAUUAGCUAAAUUAAAGCAUACUAAUAUUGUUUCCUACAAUGCGGCUUGGAUGGAACCAUUGUCAUCGUCCAAUAUUUCGUCAUCUACAGAUCGAAAAUCAUACAGGUCAUCACAUAGAUCAAAACACAAUCGAGAAGAAACCAAGUCAUAUUGUUCGCAGUCCAUCAAUGAUUUAUUCGAUAAUAAAAAUGAUAAAAAGAAAAAGCAAUAUAAGGUAUAUGGGAAUUCUAGUGAUAGUAUUUUUAAUCGCAGCACUAUUAGUCAAAGAUUUGAGGAACUUAAUUCAUCAGUUAACACCACCGGAGAAGAAAUUGUUGAGAAAAGUGACAUAGAAGAAUGUACUAACGAAUCUUAUUCAGACGUAGUAUCUUUUCGAAAUAGUAAUAAUAAUGAAAAUCUAGAUCAAACCAUUGCAGAUUGCAUAGAAUCUACUAGUCAAGAAGUAUGUAUGUACACUUCUAAAAAAAAUCGACCAUACAUGAUUUUAUACAUUCAAAUGGCUUUGUGUGAACAAACACUCGAGCAUUGGCUGCGCGGUAAAAUAAGUGUAAUACCUGAACCAAUAGUUAAAGCAAUAUUUCAACAGAUACUUUGUGGAGUCAACUAUAUGCAUUCCCAAAAAAUUGUACAUCACGAUAUAAAGCCAAGUAAUAUAUUUAUUUCGACAACCGGUCAGCUUCAGAUUCAAUUAGGUGAUUUCGGUUUAGCUUGUCCAUUACAAAAAGAAAAGCAUCAUUCCGUAAUUGGUACUCAUUUGUACGCAGCACCAGAACAACUGGAAGGAAAGUGUGAUCGACAGAGUGAUAUCUAUAGUAUAGGAAUCGUUCUCACCGAGCUAUUAAUUCCAAUAAAAACUCAAAUGGAGUUAAGUUCUAUAAUCAGCUCUUUAAAAAAUGAUACAGUACCAGAAGUUUUUAAACGACAUAAAUGGACACAACUGGUCAAACAAAUGGUGCGAAAAGAACCUUCCGAACGACCAUCGACAAAUCAGCUUCUGAAGGAAUUUGAUGACGACAAGGAUGUAAUAAUAGAUGGAUUAAAAGAUACUAUUGUGGAUUUAAAAAAUGAUAAUCGCAUUAAAGAUAACACAAUUCAAGGGCUGCAAGAAGAGAUUGCGUUAUUAAAGGAAAAAGUUCAGAAACUGUCACCUAGUAAUACAACAAAGUAAGCUAUUAUAUGAGGUCUAAACUCACAUGAAAAAACUUGACAUGACAUUAAUAAGACUGACAGAUAUACAAUUUUUUUGAGUUCCUAGGAAAAUAAUAAUUUACGCACAUAGCAAAAUAAGAUUUUUAAAUGUUUGGAAACUCGUAUUUUAGUCCACACACAAUUUUCUUUUAAUAAACAUAACAAAUGACUAACUAAAAAUUAUAUAAACUU